AUGUUAGAUUAUUCACAAUAUCAGGGGCCGUCGGAAGAAUGGAAAUCUUUUGUUCGAGACAAUCCCAUCCAAGCGCCAGAUUUGACUCUGUCACCGCAGACCAUGCGACAAGCAACGAAUGAACUGCGAGUACAAAUAGCGCAAGCUGAGCUCCGAGAAGGCGACCUCUACAAAACAGUACCAUGGAGGGACUACUCUGUUUUGACAAGGGACAAGCAAAAUAUUAUUGCUCGCGUGUACCGCCCCAGUGACAACAUGUCUUCCGAGGCACUUCCGAUCUAUCUCUAUUUCCAUGGCGGAGGACACCUUCUGGGCACCAUCGAAACAGAAGAUGCUUCCUGCUCCCGGAUCGCUGCCAAUGCGUCCAUUCUCGUGGUAAAUAUCAACUACCGUCACACUCCGGAGUUCAAGCAUCCGACUCAAGUAGACGAUGCCUGGGAUGCGUUUGAAUGGCUGUCCCGUAACGCCAGUGCUAUUGGCGGUGAUCCAACUCGUGUAAUUGUCGGCGGAAUCUCUGCCGGCGCAGGACUAGCAGCUUCUAUUGUAAUACGACAACACAUGGACUCAAAAACGCCAUCGUUAACUGUAUGUGGGCAACUUCUCUGUAUUCCCUGGCUAAUUCACCCGGAUAAUCACCCGUUUCGAACGCAACCCACAUCGUCUUACAUGCAGAAUAACUAUGCUCCGGUUCUUCCGAUGUCGCUGCUUCAGUUAUUCACUGAUCUACUUCACGCAGAGGACCCAGCUGAUCCGUCUUUGAACAUCGCACUGAGUGAGGAAGACAGGCUGAGUGGGUUACCAAAGUCUAGCUUUUUGAUUGCUGGACAGGAUUUACUUCGUGAUGAUGGUCUUUACUAUGCGGACAAGUUAGCAAGAAAUGGUAUUCCAACAAAAGUGCAUGUUUUCCCUGGACUUCCCCAUGGCUUCCGUCGCUACAGUUCUUUGCCCUCAAGUCGAGUCUGGGAUGAAUUACUCCUGGAGAGCUUCAAGUGGAUCUUGUCAACUGAUAAUGCUUGCUCAUUUACCGUUUCAAAAACGAAGUAG